AUGGAGCUCAUCAAGCGAGUUUACUUGAGUCAAGCUAGAGGUAAUCUGGAUCUCGAAAUGACCAAGGAGGAAUUUCUGCAAGCUACUCAGAGCUAUGCUCAGAUCACCCCUUAUGAGGUCGAGAUCCUCUUUCACCUGUCAGAGCUUGCUCAUCCUGGAAAGAAGACACUCUCACUGAAAGACAUUAUCCUCAUUGAUCCAGAGCGCCUGAAGAGAGUUUCGUAUGUCGAACGACUCAUUAACGUGAAAGCCGUGGCUAGCAAAGAAGAUCGAGGUUUUGGGACGGCGGUGUUGGAAUCCGCAUAUCGCUUCUUGCUUGGUUCAAUAGCAGGAGCAUGCGGUGCCACCGCCGUCUACCCCAUAGAUUUGGUGAAAACCCGAAUGCAGAAUCAACGAACAGGCUCGUUUGUCGGUGAACUGAUGUACAAGAACAGUCUCGAUUGUUUCAGGAAGGUCAUUAAAUUCGAAGGCCUUCUGGGGCUUUAUCGUGGCCUGCUGCCGCAAAUCGUCGGAGUUGCUCCUGAAAAAGCCAUCAAGCUGACGAUGAACGACUUCGUCAGAGAUAAGUUCAGCCAUGACGGCAAAAUUCCGCUCUGGGCGGAAAUUCUCGCCGGUGGUUGUGCUGGAGCCAGUCAGGUUAUAUUUACGAAUCCAUUGGAGAUUGUGAAGAUUCGUCUCCAAGUUGCCGGAGAGAUCCAGUCAGCAAGCAAGAUAGGCGUAUUCACGGUGAUGAAAGAUUUGGGUUUCCUUGGUCUGUACAAAGGUGCUCGGGCAUGUUUCCUCCGUGACAUUCCAUUCUCGGCGAUCUAUUUCCCGACAUACGCACAUGCGAAAUUGGCCACAGCUGAUGAAGAUGGAAUUAAUCAUCCGGGUUCCUUGUUUGCGUCUGCUUUCAUCGCCGGUGUUCCCGCUGCUGGUUUGGUCACUCCGGCUGACGUCAUCAAAACAAGGUUACAAGUAGCCGCCAGAGCCGGACAGACUACCUACAAUGGAGUUAUAGACUGCGCUCGUAAAAUUAUGAAGAAGAAGGCCCAGCAGCGCAUUUUGGAAAGGUACAGCUGCUCGUGUAUGUCGUUCCAGCCCACAUCCGCCACUACGAAGAAGAUUGUGGACGAUAGCUCCUUGAAUCCGGACCAUAUUGGCGGAUACCGUUUGGCCGCGGCGACGUUCAGCGGCAUCGAACACAAAUUUGGACUGUUUUUGCCUCGAUUCGAACGUGCCGCCUAA